CCAAUUUCCAACCCCCCAGGCAGCAGGAUGACGCUGUGGAAUGGCUCCUUCCCCUUCUACGCUGGCACCAAUGCUUGCUUCCCCUUCAACACCACCUCGGCCGUCAUCGCCUCCGUCUUCCUCUCUGCUCUGGCCACUUCCAUCAUCAUCCUGCCGGGCAUCCGAGGAAAGGGGCGACUCUUCUGGCUCCUGCGGGUGAUGAUGGGACUCUUCAUCGGAGCCGUGGUCCUCACCAUGCAGUUCACCAGGGACUGGGAGAGCGGCUGGGUGACAGCAAACACCUCCUACAAGUCCUUCAGCAGUGCCGUGGUGAAGGCGGACAUCGGGCUGCACAUCGGCCUGGCGGGGGUGAACGUCACGCUGGUGGGAAACCCGGUGAAUCAGGUCAAUGAGACCAUCAACUACAACGAGCACUUUGCCUGGAGCUUCGAUGCAGACUACGACCACAGCUAUAGCGAAGGCCUGGAGAAGGGGCUGCCCAGUCCCAUCCUCUACGUGGCAGAGAAGUUCACCACAGAAAGCCCCUGCAACAUGCACAGGCAGUACCGCAUCUCCGGCCGCUACGCGUCCAUCACGCUGUGGAUGGCCUUAUGCACCUGGCUCAUUUCCAUCCUGCUCUUCUCCAUGCCCAUCCUCCUUUAUGGUGGCUACAUGCUCCUGCUCACUGCUGCGCUGAUGCUCUUCUCACUGCUCUUCUUCAUCACUGCGAGGAACACCCCGAAGUGUCCCAUCCAGUUUGGACGAGCCUCCCUGAAAACAGACUACGGUGGAUCCUUUUGGCUGACAUUAGCAACAGGGCUGCUGUGCCUGCUGCUGGGCCUGGGCGUGAUCAUCCUCAACUCCGUGCGACCACAGAAGCUGAAGCUUGUCUUUAACCUGGAUGAGGGAAAGGGAGAAAAAGCAGAGGGGUGGGACAAGCCCCACCUGCCAGAUGAGUCCAGCUCCUCUGACCAGGAUGUACUGAUGGUCCCCCUAAAUGAGCUUUGCGAGGUGACGACCACCCAGCUGUAAGACACAGUUGGGCGGGGACAGGAGAAGGAGGAUAAAGACAGAGGACAUCAUCCCCCCGAAUACAUGUUCAGGUCCAAACCCCCAGAAGCCCAGGUGAGAAGAGACACAUCAACAGCUGACUGAAAAGAAUAUCCAAAUCUGGAAAGAUUCCUCAAAAACAAUAGUUGUAUUCCUGCCCCUAUGAUUUAGUGCCAUGUUGGAUGUCCCAAACCCUGAUGGUGUCCUGAAUGUUGGAGGAACCAAUUUCUGGAGGCAUCCUGGAUUUCAGAUGCAUCCAAGCACCCCACUGCUGAGGCUCGUGGACAGUGGGUCAGGGAGCUGCUGGGCUGCACACUAUGCUGGAAGCAGAGCAGUCAGAGUUGGUCGGUAGGCUCCUGCUUCUUACACUGCUUAUGAACACCCCAAACCACAAUUCCGUGAGCAGCCUUGGAGGCUGGAUCACAAAGGAGCAUCAAACCACCAGGCAGUCUGCCUGCCCUACAAAGAGCCAGGAGGGGACCAAGGGCCAUCUCACCCCGCUCCCCUCCCCUGGCUCUGCACAAAGCUCUGGAUGCAGUUUCAUUCACAUUCAGUGUAAAAGGCUGUGGAAAUGAACUUGUCAUGGGGUAUGCAAAGCUGGAAUCCUGCAAAUCCAGGGUGGAUGUGGCCACCCAAUGCUUUUUGUUUAGUUUUGUUUGUUUGUUUGUUU